CUCGCACGGAUGAUUCUCUUUUCCAAAGGUUAACCAUUGUCUUUUUGAUGUGCAGGCCUUCGAAAGAUAUCAACUGCUCAAGGAUUCCUCUCUGACUGAACGAAAAAUUCCAUCAUAUUUCAUGUCAUGGCAUAAAUUCUGAUGAUAUUUCUGCUAUCAAUCAGUUUUUAUUUCAUUUUGUGUUGCAUACGGUGUCUGAAAUGCGUUCAACUCACUCUGUUUUCAUGGCAGCAGUUUGAACAACAGCAUCAAUAUCAAACAAAUAUCGAGCUACAGUGCAUGUUUUCAAAAGAUUUCAGCGAUAAGACGAGAAAAAUGCAGAUAUGCUUUCAAAAUGAAAUGCAGAAACGAAAUCCAUAUGAUGCAUCAUCAAAAUUGGAUGUGGAAAAUUGGCUGUAUCACAAAGCCUCUGUGUUCAUUCCAGUGGGAAAAACAUAAAUAUCAACAGAGAUACGAACAAAAUAAAGCAGAGACAUUCAAACAACAAAGAGUUGUUUGACAGCUACAAAAAAUCGGCUCAAUGUUUGUUCACAUCGUCUUUGCAUCGAACAAUACAAAUGUUGUUAUAGUUCGGUUUCAUACGGUAUUGGUUCGGAAGAGGUUUCUAUUGGUGCAAAUAUUCAACUUGCCGAAAAAUGUUGUGCCGAUGACAAGCGGUACUUUUGUCACACUCCACGCUGUGUGUUGCUGAUGUUGAUUGGUGUACGUGAGCAAAAUGAACACCAAAAACGUAUGCUUUCUGCUGAAGCGGCACAAUUGCGUGUUUGGUGCGAGGCACAGCAAAAUAUCUCCAUCCUUUUUCUUCACGGUGACAUUCAACCACAGCUUCGUCGCUGGCAAAAACCGACGCAUCACACCGAUUCGACACAAACCAACUCGUUCAUUUUGGUAGCGAAUUUUGUUUUGAUAACACGUGAUUUUGGUUGCGCAAGCAUUUUUCUUUUCAAUAACAGAAAAAAAAUUACAAAAACGAUCAACUUGAAUUUUGGUGUUUGAAGUGAAAAAAAUUUUCGAGUUUUUCAUUCGGUUCGGUGGAAAAUUUUCAAGUGGUGGAAAUGGAUCCAUUCAUAGGCUUAUUGUUUAACAAGAGAAAGCCGUUCACGCCGAUUUCCAUACCAGGUGGAAGUUCGAACGGCUAUCUCAAUGUUACGAACAAGCCCACGUUUGGGCCACGUUUGCAAGCAAGUGAAAAAGAGUCGCUGGAAGACGAUGUGGAUAUUACGCGUCAAAAAUUAAGAAGAAAUCUCGAAUUGGCUGGAAAAAUUGCGGAAGAGUCAGAGAAAACAAGCGAUGACAUUUACGAACGGUACAAGUUCGACCAACGAUCACAAAGUUCCAUGCAAUUGCCGAUUUACGCAUCGAAACAUGAAUUUCUGGCAAGCAUUGCCACAUGUCCAGCGGUGGUUAUCGAAGGAUCAACAGGAUGCGGAAAGAGCACACAGAUUCCACAAAUCAUUCUCGACGAUGCCAGAGAAAAUAAGAAACCAUGCAACAUCAUUGUUACCCAACCGCGCCGUAUUGCAGCUCGAAGCAUUGCUGAACGUGUGGCAGCGGAACGAGGAUGGGACCUAGGUAGUGUCGUUGGUUAUCAGAUUGGUUUAGAUAAGAAACAUAUGUCGGAAGACACUCGAUUGUUGUUUUGCACGACGGGCGUUCUUCUGGAAAGGUUGAUUGCAUCAAAGACGCUUACACAUUUCACUCACAUCGUGCUGGAUGAGGUCCACGAGCGAGACAAAGACAUGGACUUUCUAUUCAUCAUCAUUCGCAUGCUGUUGGCCAAAGAUGCGCCGAAUGUGAAAAUCAUUCUGAUGAGCGCAACGAUUGACAGCAACAUGUUUGCACAUUAUUUCGAAUUCUAUCGUGAUGGUCAUUGGCAACCGGCUCCGAUUGUGCGAGUAGAUCAGAAAAAUCAGUUCAAAGUCAGAACAUUCUUUCUGGAUGAUCUGGACCGUUCGCCUGAAAUCAGUUGGCAACCAGGCAUAAGUGACGAAAUGUACAAGGUGGCAUUCUAUCUGAUCAAAAGAAUGAAAACCAUUUGCAAAGAAACAGAUGACAAUCUGUCAUCGAUUUUGGUCUUUUUGCCGGGAAUUUACGAAAUCGGACGUAUGCGCAACAUUCUCUAUGAAUACACACAAUCGAAAGCGGAUGUGGCAUGGAAAAUUUUCAUUCUGCAUUCCAUGAUUAGCACCGAAGAACAGCAGUCGAUUUUUCAACCAGUGGAAGAUGGCGUAAGAAAAAUCAUAUUGUCAACAAAUAUUGCGGAAAGUUCAAUCACUGUGCCUGAUGUUCAGAUCGUGAUCGAUUUCUGCCUUUUGAAAUAUCUGAAAAGUGACACAACGAAAAAUUUCACAUCAUUGGAAAUGGCUUGGGCUUCAAAAAACAACUGUCGACAACGCGCCGGUAGAGCUGGCCGCGUGGCAAAUGGACGCUGCUAUCGAUUGGUUCAUCACCGAUUUUUCCAUAAUUCCAUGACGGAGUCAGCGGUGCCAGAGCUUUUGCUGACCCCACUCGAAAAUGUGAUCCUAAAGGCAAAAACGUUCGAUAUGGGUGCCCCACAUGUUAUCCUUGGUCUGGCGAUGGACGAUAGCAUUCCAAAGAUGGAUGACGUGGCCAACACUGUGCUCUCUUUGAAAGAGUUGGGUGCACUUCAGUUGACGCACCAAGAUGAAGGCUAUUCACCAAUCGAUGGUGACCUGACAUUCUUGGGUCGCGUUAUGUCGAAUUUGCCCGUAGACGUGCGAGCCACUCGUCUUAUUGCAAUUGGUUCGUGUUUUGGUGUGCUCGAAGAAUGCAUCAUAAUGGCUGCUGGCCUAACGACCAAAAGUAUUUUCAAAAUCGGCUUUGACCAUGAUCUCAGCGAGUACACACGUCGAUUGGAAUGGUCAAAUGGGUCGGGCAGUGAUCUCUUUGCCAUUUUAAAUGCAUACAAAACAUGGACAUUAAAAUACAACCAGAAAGUGUUUGGUAAAACAAAAGAACAACAAAAGGCUGAAAAAGAGUUCUGCCUUCGACAUUAUUUGGAUGUGCGUUCAUUGCACGAAUGCCAUCAUUUGGUUCAAGAGCUAACCCAACGGCUUGAGCGGCUUGGCAUUUACGAAUUGGCCGGCAACGACAGACUUCGUUGGACUGAACAAGAAAAAUGUAUCAUUUUGAAAAUGGUCAUCGCUGGUGCCUUCUAUCCGAAUUUCUUUGCCACAGCCCCAAUCAGCAAUCCGAUGAUCGAACGAGACGUUUAUCGUUCUUUAAAUGGCCGCGAUCCACACAACACCGUCUACUUCACCAACUUUCGGCAAGAAAACAUACGUGAGCUGUACGCGGAUACAAUUCGAAACCUGUUCGUUGGUCCAAUCGUGAAGAAGGAAGACAUCAAUGAUGUUAAAAUUUCGUUUGACAAUUCGGAAAAGGUGUUUGUCACAUUCGAUCAUAGUCAGAGCAUCAAUGCUGACACUCGACAGGAUUGGGACACAAAGCACUGUUCGAUCCCAGGAAAAACACUCACCGACGUCUACAAAGCGGUGAAGAUGCGCAAAAUGAACAUGCCCACACGGAUUGCGGUCAUGAAGCCAGAAAAGGAAAGAGAAUUAGCGGAAAACCUUGGGCUUGGUAUUAUGACAGGUUCAACGUUUACGUUGAAGAAACAUUUGCGUGAUGAAAUUGGCACCAUUUGUAUUCCAAAUGCAUCGAAGAAACGAGUAACUGGUGCCAUCACUCAUAUCGAAAGUUGUUCGAAAUUCUGGUUUCGGCCAAAUAGCGAAUUGCAACGUAUCGAACAUUUCAAUCGUGAAUUGAAUGAACGCUCCAACCAAAACAUCGAAGCCUGUAGUGACUUCUUCGGCAUCACACACGAUCAGAUCAUUGUCGCUCGUGAUUAUGACGAUAACAUGCUUCAUCGGGCUCGAUUCAUCACAUGGGACUACGAUGCAUUCACAAAUGAGUUCAAACAGGCCACGGUGUGCUUCAUUGAUUAUGGUCACACACAAAAGUGUGACACAAAGGACUUGUAUGUGUUCACACGGGCCACUGAAAUGGCAACGAUGCCACCACGGUGUUUCCAGUGUCGAUUGGCCGAAAUUCAACCGUCAACGAUUAAUCUCAGCGGUGGAUAUAUGUGGGAUCAUCGCGCAAUUCAACAGUUCAAGCAACUCUUGUUGGAAUGCGAAGUUAAGGCUGAGAUUUACUCAGUUGUAAAUGGAGUGGUGAAUGUUUUCAUUUGGAAGAACAAUUCCAACUUCAACGAAUAUUUGAUCAAAGAAGGUUUGGGCGAAUUCUGCGAAGAGAAUUUCCUGUCAAAAGACAAUCACUGGAAGCGUCAAUGUUUGCAAGACGAUCUCGCCACAAAUCCCAUCGAUGAAACGAACUUGGAUUUGGAAGAUUGCGAUGAAUAUUACCCAAUGGUAACUGCCGAACCGAUAAAGGUAGUCGAAGAUCGCAACUACGGCAAAGUAGUUCAAUUAAAGGGUCCAAUCAGUCCGUUGGAAACACAAGUGCAUUCGGUAUUGAUGGACAGUGAUCAAAAAUCGAUUUCAAUUGAUGCCCAUUCCGUGAAUAGCGUUUUCCUCACAACGUUGCAACAGGAUUUGUCGAUCAAGUACAUCGUUGCGGCGCAUAUCAGCCAGCAAGGAUUUUUGGGUAAUAAAGGAUUCACAAUCCAUGAAACCACUCAAUUGCCCAGCAUUCGCGGUUUUGGUGCUUUGAUGGCGAUCAUCUUCUGUCCGUCGUUGGAUUUAAAGCGUGACAAAUGGAAGUCGCGUUACAUCUCGGCACGAACUGGGCUUGGUUUCAACGAUGAAAAAGGAUGUCCGUACUUUGCCGAGCAUGACACCGUGAUUCCAUUGGAUUUUGAACUCGACGAAAGCGAUCUGGCACAGAUUAACCAGAUACGUUAUAGCAUUGAUAUGCUACUGUUCUCGUUCAACACCACCGGUCGAAACGAAACUCUUGCACCGCAAAACCGGCUCGAAGUCAUGAAAAAAUUGAAAGAGCUUACAAUCAAGUUGCUCACGAAAAAUCGUAAGGCGAUUGAAAUAAAUCCCGUGCAACAUGAAUGGAAAGAAUACAAUGCGGACGAGUUUACGAAACCAGAUAAUGUGUAUGGUGCGAAAGCGAUUUUCCCAAUGCAUGGUUUGCUACGUUUGAAUCCCAUCGAUGACCGUACGAAGAAAAAAUUGAAAAAGUAUUGCGAAGAAUUGCAUAAGAUGACGGUUUCGAUGCCAAGACCAGUCACAUGUCAACUUUGUGCUACGGAAAUCGAGAACGUGACCAUGCUACGAACACAUUUGAUGACUCGCUUGCAUUUGCAACGCGAACAACAACUUGAAAUUUAACGCGACGCAACAUAAAAUCUGAAGCCGGUUUGAAUACGCCUAGAAGCGAUUGAUUUACACAAUAAGAAAAUACUUUAAUCAAUGUAUCAACAAUUUUACAUUACAUAAUAUUUCAUGAUCGAUCUUGUCUGAUUGUUGUUCAAAUCCUUGGUUACAUUUUGUGCAACGAAAUUGAUCAAGGAAUCAGCGGUUCGGAUUCACUAAUGUCUAAUCAAUAAACGCGUUGAUUGAACAAGUAAGUUUGACGGAUUGCAUUAGAGCAAUUCUGUCAAAAAAAAAUACGGAAUCAAAUCGCUGGUGCGUAUGAUUUCGAGUAAUUUCAUUUUGAUGUGACAAAAAAAAAUUUGCAAUAGAUUUAAAUGACUAAUUUCGUUGACUUGCUUCUCAAGCAUUGAUUCCAUUUCAAAUUGAUCACAAGUCGCUUUGAUCCUCAAAUUAAAAGAUACGGACAGUUAAAAAAUAAAUUCAAAGAAAAUAAGAAAUUGGCGACAUCUAUUGUGCGCAAUAAUAAACAUGUAAUUCCAUUGAAAAAUGUUCAAAAGCAAAUAAAAAAUAAAAUCCGUAUGAUUUUGCACACAUUUUCUUCAUUUAAA